CCCUUCUUGGUGGCUUUGGGGAAGUCGUGGCAUCCAGAGGAGUUUAAUUGUGUUCAUUGCAAAACCUCCAUGGCUUACAUUGGAUUUGUGGAAGAGAAAGGGGCGCUGUAUUGCGAGGUCUGCUAUGAGAAGUUCUUCGCCCCUGAGUGUUCGAAGUGCCAGAGGAAGAUCCUUGGAGAAGUAAUAAAUGCUUUGAAACAAACUUGGCACGUUUCCUGCUUCGUGUGUGUGGCCUGUCAUAACCCCAUCCGCAAUAAUGUCUUCCACUUAGAGGACGGCGAUCCCUACUGUGAGACGGAUUACUAUGCCCUCUUUGGUACUAUGUGCCAUGGCUGUGAAUUCCCCAUUGAAGCUGGAGACAGGUUUCUUGAAGCUCUGGGCCACACUUGGCAUGACACUUGCUUUGUAUGCUCAGUAUGUAGUGACAGUUUGGAAGGUCAAACUUUCUUCUCCAAGAAGGACAAGCCACUGUGCAAGAAACAUGCUCACUCUAUCAACAUCUGAUGCUUGGAGCUCAUCUUGUGUAACAAAUGUACUGAGCAGAAAGAAAGGUCAAAAUGUCUGUGUUCAAUAAUCGGUUAAAAUUAUUUAUGUAUGAUUUUCUAGAAUGGAAGAGUAAUUUGGAA